AUGCGCUACGAUGGACGGACGUAUGAGGCCGGGCGCCCGCCGAGACAGCUGGAAGAGGUGAGCUGGAGUUUUAGCGGGGCCACAGCCCAGGGGACAGGCGGCCAGGCGGCCAGGCGGCGCCCCGGGGAAAGAGAGCGCUGGUGGACAAAGUGGAGUCUCGGGAUGCAGGGUGGCUCGUGCACCGGAUGGCCCGACUCUGUGGUGAACUUUUUGAGCUCCAGCGCCGGAAGACGUCUGAGAGACGCCCCCUUCGAACCCGGAGCGCUGUACACGAAGACACCUCUGGACAUCCACGCACACCAUGUUCGGAUUCGGCGCAUUCAGGGCGACGAGCCCCAUGUCGGGAGGGCUGCUAUGAAGCCACUGACCGUUGUGCCCCCCCUCGCGUGCAGGAAGAUCCCCUGGCGCCUCUCGCGCUUCCAGAAGGCCCGCCAGCGCCAGCGGCUCCGGGCCGUCGACUCGGUGGUCGCGACCCUCGACGCGGCGCUGGCCAAGCGCGGCGAGUCGCUCAAGAGCCUCAAGCUCUGGAAGGAGACCAUGCCCACCGAGGCCGAGAUGAUCCCCCGCGACAAGUACACCAUGUUCGACCGCAAGGAGAAGAGGUAUCGGAAGGGCAUCCACAAGCUUCCGAAGUGGACGAGAGUAUCGCAGAGAGUCAACCCCCCGGGUUACUAA